GGUGCGCGGAGCGCGGCCAUGGGCACCCGCGGGCUGAAGGAGGCCGUGGUGGAGCUGCAGCUGGGACCGGCCCCCGGCAGUGCACAGACAGAGCCUGCCGAGGGCCAGCCUGUGGUCAUCCUCCUAGGCUGGGCCGGCUGCCAGGACAAAUACCUGGCCAAAUACAGUGCAAUCUACAGCCAGAAGGGGUGCACGGUCAUCCGUUACACGGCUCCGUGGAGGAUGGUAUUCUUCUCUGAGACCUUUGGCAUCAGAUCCCUGCAGACCCCAGCCAGGCACCUCCUGGAGCUGCUUUUUGACUACAGCAUUGAAGACAGACCGGUUCUGUUCCAUGUUUUCAGCAAUGGUGGUGCCAUGCUGUACCGUUACAUCCUCGAGGCGCUGCACACCCACAAGUCCUUUAAGAACCUCAGAGUGGCCGGCACCAUUUUCGACAGCGCCCCUGGCAGAAGAAACUUGCAAGGAGGCCUUCGUGCCCUGGCCACUGUCCUGGUCUCCAUGAACGCGCUGCUCAGGUAUUUCCUGCUGUUCACGUUUGCCAGCGCGGCCGUGGUGCUGCGGAUGCUGCUGUACCCGCUGACCCGCUUCCUCCACCAGAGCCACUACGACGCCCUGCUGGCAGCGCCCUCGCGCUGGCCCGAGCUCUACCUCUACUCCCAGGCCGACCUCAUCAUCCAGGCCAGCGAGGUGCAGCUCAUGGCCGAUGGCCGGCAGCAGCUCGGGGUCCCUGUCAAAGCUGUGGACUUCUCAGACUCGCCUCACGUCAGCCACAUGCGGCUGUACCCCACCUACUACCGCAGCCUCUGCACCACGUUCCUGUCUGACUGUGUCGGGGGCUCACCUCCUUAGAGCUGUAAUGACCUGCAGUGUUUGCCUCUGCUUGCUCAGCUCCUCUGGGAAAUGUCAGCCCCUUUGCUUUUGUGUCUUUGAAGCCAGGAAAGUAGAGGCUUCUUGUUUGGUUUGGUUUUUUUCCCCUAAUGCCUACAAGUUUGAAAGCCUUUGGACCAGCCACGUUAGAGCAGAAAGUAGAUAUGGAUUAAUUUAAAGUUCUGAAGGUGAAAUCCUGUCACAGUUCAUGCUGAUGUGCUUUACCAAGGUGUCACAGACCAGAAUCUCACACUGAGUAUGAUUUGUUUCUUCCUGUCUCUUCUUGUUCUCUGCUUCCCAUGUUGUCUCCUUGUCCCUGAUGCCCAGUGUGCAUGUUCUUUUGCUUGUACUAAUUUUACAAUACAGCUCUCUUGUGUCUGUUGUUGUUUUUUUUUUCUCUCUGCCAUUUCUUUUAUCUUGCAGUGAGCAGAGUCAAGUCUGUGGGUCUUUUUGCUUUUCUCAGUGCAUUCCAGCUCUUGUUGUAUUCUUGCUCUGAAACCAAGUGUAAGACCAGGAAAAGGUGUGUUUAAGGAAGUAUGACCAGACUACCACCUGGUUCCAUUAAGUAGCUGAGAUAAAACAGUCAGACCUCUCUGAUACUUGGUGGGAGCUCAAAUGUUUGUGAUAACUUUUGUGUUCUUCAACCCAAAGGUUUCAACUAACAUUUUUGAAUGUGUCUAGUGUUUUGUUUCUCUUCCUUCCAGUCUUUUGUGUGUUCUACUGAGUAGUUUUGCUUUCUUGGAGAGCUACUUAUUUGUUAUUGUAUGUCUUUGAGCAGCCUAUAUUUUGCAUCUUGACAUUCAGGGAAGCUUUUGGAUUACAGCUGUGCCAGACCCCAGAAACAGAAAGGUGGAAUUGCUGUCUCUUGGAGCUAUGCUUUAUACUGGGUAUUUCUUAAAUCACCUCCAGCCUACAAAUGACUAUGAAAUAGGAUGUUUUUGUCCAUAAUGUUCUCUUCAGAUGAUCAGUCUUUGCAGUCAAUGCAAUGUGUACAAGAAAUUAAUUCCUUCCACCUAGUGAAAAAGUAGCUCAUUGCACUGUACUUCAUCCAUUUUUUAUUUAUAGGUUUUAUUGUUUAUUUGGGGGAGAAGUGGGGAUAAAGACAGGAGAGCCUGCUGAUAUGUUUAUGCUGUCACAGCAUAGCAAGUUAAUUAAUAAAAUGGUGAACAGGUUUAGCCAACUUUAAAUUCCCAGGAAGAAGCUCUGGAGGGCUGUGAUGUGGGCCUGCUUGAACAAGGAGCUGCCCUAGAGUGGUAGGCACUUAAAGAGCAGGAGGAGUUUUGCAAAAGGUUCUGCUAGUGAGUGGCUGUGCUGAUCUUGCCCACCCUUGGGGUGCUGUCAUCCACGAUUACAAAAGUCUUGCUGUUCUGGAUUGAAACCCAGACGGGAAGGUCCUUGGGAAACGCUAAAAUAAUUUGGAAGUUUAAAACAAGAACUGUAACACCUCAUAGAAAUGAAAGCACAGGGUGAGUGGCAAUGGUGACCACACAGCUGUUUGUAGCAGACUAUUGUGACAGCGCUCAUUUACAGCAGAAUAACCCCUGAUGGGCAUGGUUUUAGGGGGAGGGUUGGGCUGUAUAUGGGAUAAGUGAGAAUUAACUGAAAAGGGCCUGCUGACCUUGGUUGUUUUUGAUUUUUUGAAAGUGAAAACUGUCUCCCCGUUGUUUCUGGGAUCCAGUCUUCUUCCGUAGGUGUGAUCCCAGUUCCAGCUCCCACUGUGACAAUGGGGUGUGAGGGCUACCCUGGGUAAGAGCCUUCAGCCUUUCCCUUUUCAUUGAAUAAUUCUUGUUCCUAGGGUUUGAACCUGUAAAAUCCAGGCAUGGUUCCCUAUCUCCAGAAAGCCCAUCAGAGAUCUCCCAGCUUUUUAAAGGUUUGUGCUGGUUUGUGCUGUCAGUGCUGUAACUCCUGAGCUGUGAUGUGUUCAUCUGCCUUUUCACAGAUUUGGCUGGGGCUUCUCAGCACCCAGCCUGUUUGUGGCACUGUGAACACUCUUGGGGAACUGAGGUGAUAAAGGCUAUUUAACCAGCACUUGCCCUCAUGCUGGUUUCUACAGGUUCAGUAUUUACAGAACAGUUAAACACUCCAUAAUAUACACCUCUGAAUUAAUACAGUUGUUCCUGGGAAUCUGCUGUUCCUGUUUAUUGCUGCGGCUGUUGAACUUCUCCUGUUUAAGGACUCGGGCUGUUGCAGAAUAUAGCUGGCAGGAUCUGGAGCUAAACCGUCUGCCCCUGCCUGACAGGAUGGUGAAAUUUCUUCUGGAAAGAGGCUCACAUGUCAGCUGCACCUUCCUUUCCCCACUUUCACCUCCCCACCACGGUAUUCCCACUUUGCCAGCUCAGUCCAGCUCAGCCCAGGGCUGGAGCUCUGAAGUCAGAGUAUCCUGAGCUUUGCAAACAGGAAUGUGCUCACAGGUAUUUCCACUGCUGCAAAAGUGACUUGAAAUUUGGAGGUAAGUUGUGUACACAGCUCUCUGAGAACAGGAUGAUCUUGGGCAAGCCAGACGAUAAACAAAACAAACUCAGUUUUGUUUCUGAGUCCCAGCAAGUUUUAAUUCUGAUUGUGAGCACUGUGUGAUAUGCUGGCCUCUGCUUUGCUGUACUGUGUGUGCCCCCACUUUCCUGCCCUCUGUAUUCCUGUGGCUUAUUUGAAACAGAAGGUUAAGAACUUGGAGCCUGAAGGCACAUGGUUGAGAGCUGAUCCAGGCACUACUGGAUUUACAAAAACCCAGCCUCAGACCCUUAAUCCUUGCUAAACUGUCACGGUUUGGUGCAGCCGGUGUUUCUAAAGAGCUUCAGCCUGAACACUAAAAGCUCAAAGGUUGUGAUAUCUUGGCAAAUCCAGGUAAAUCUCUGAGAUGAGCUGUGGGGAGGAGGGGCACUGCAGAUCUGUUCAUUGGGAGGAAAAAUGCUGCGUCCCUGGGCUUGCCUCGAUGGUAGGGAGCAGGAUGUGGCCCAGAGCUUGUUUUCCUGCAGUCCAGCCCUAUGUGCAGACUGUGAAAUAGUGUGGAUGGAACACCAACAGUGGUGGGAGAGGAGGAUGCUCACAGCUGUCUGCCACUGUUGUGGUAAAGCAAAAUUAGCUUUCCCUCAGUAACAAAAUCCACUUGAGUGUUUCCUGUGAGGGAACUGACUCCUGGCUUGCUCCCCUGUGAUGCUUUCUCUCCCCAGGCAGUGGUGAUGCUACAGGAUGGUUUUGAAAAACAAGAAAAGCCACUUAGUGGUCAGGGUGGCCCGUGUGGCCAGGCUGGAGGGUGCU